AUGUUUCUGAAACGCAAGCGAUCAGAGUCGGAGCUCUCGUUCUCGUCUUGCAGUACAGGCAGCGCCUUCAACUCUCCGACACGUACCGGAGCCGCUCUGGUCCAUUCGGAUAGCGAACUCGCAUCGCCACGGCAUCGCUCCAUGGCUACUCCUUCGCAUCUGCACAGCCGUACGAUGAAGCGGUUCCGCGACAACCGUCCAUCCCAGGACGAGGUUCACCAACGGACACUCAGCAUGCUCUUCUCGGCCGCGCAGAGAUCGGAAACCCAGCCACAUCAAACCAACGCCGCAUCGUUACCACACCACCACCAGCAACACGCUCCCGCCGCUCACCAGGCCUCUUUGCAUAAUUUCUGGAAACUCCCCCCUCAGAGCUUGUCGGCGGCCGCGUCGGCGGCCAUGGCGUCGCCGCCAGUGGAUACUUCCAUGUACGCGCCAGCGGACUGCGAGGAUUGCGGGCGAGGACUCUGCAGUGAAGAUGACGGCGACGACGCCAUGAUGGACGUGGACAUGGAGGCCAGCGGCGGGCUCGAAGCGGCCAGCUGUGCCGGGUGCGGAAAGCACGUCUGCUCGCAUUGCUCCAUCACCAACAUGGGGGAGCGGAGGCGGUGUCUUGGCUGCGCCGACACAGGCAGUAGUGGUGCGAGGAAAGGUUGGGCUGGGGGUCUGGGAUGGAAUCUUCCAGGAAACGCGAGCAGCUUUGGGAUAUGUUAG